GCCGCCACACGCCGCGGGAACUCCGACCGGGCGCCCGUCCCUCCUUCCCGUUCCUAGCCGCGGUCGUGCAGCCCCGAGCCGGCGGGAGCCCCGUGCUCACCAUGUCGGUCGCGGUCAGCAACAGGUUUCAAGGAGGGAAGGCGUUCGGCUUGCUCAAAGCCCGGCAGGAGCGGAGGCUGGCCGAGAUCAACCGGGAGUUUCUCUGUGACCAGAAGUACAGCGAUGAAGAGGACCUGCCAGAAAAGCUCUCAGCCUUCAAAGAGAAGUACAUGGAGUUUGACCUGAACAAUGAAGGCGAGAUUGACCUGAUGUCUUUAAAGAGGAUGAUGGAGAAGCUCGGGGUCCCCAAGACCCACCUGGAGAUGAAGAAGAUGAUCUCGGAGGUGACAGGUGGGGUCAGCGACACCAUCUCCUACCGAGACUUCGUGAACAUGAUGCUGGGGAAACGGUCGGCUGUCCUCAAGCUAGUCAUGAUGUUUGAAGGAAAAGCCCAGGAGAGCAGCCCCAAGCCGGUUGGCCCCCCUCCAGAGAGAGACAUUGCCAGCCUGCCCUGAGGACCCCGCCUGGACCUGCCCCUGCCCUCCCUGCCCCGUUCCUCCCUCCUGAUCGCGCUGCCCUCUGGACUCACUGCGUUUUGUCUUAUUUGGGUUUUUUGGUCGCUGGGCAUGUUUAUUUCUUUUCAUCAGCAGAGUCAGUGAUCUCUUUGUGAAGCACCAAUUAUCUGCCUUAAAGAGACUCUGGGACCCCUCCCUCUGUCCUUCCCCCCACCCCCACUCAUGCAGAAGGGCUGACAUCAAACCAAAAACAGGAGGGGGCAGGGCCAGGCAGGGAGGCUGGAAGCCUGUGAUCCCCACGCGUCGAGCCGGUAUUGUCCAUCCGUCCUGGAGGUCUCUGAGCUUAGCUCAGCCUCGCCGGCCCGGCCCUGCUAAGGACCUCAGCCUCUUUCAGAAGACACUGGAGUGGGGACAAGGCUGUAGGGUCUUGCUAGGGUUUCCCCAGAGUUGUCCAGGGGGCGGUCACUCACUGCCCCACCACCCCAGGCCAUGCCCCCCUCAGGCUAUGCACCUCUUCUCAUCCUUACUGAGGUGACAGAAGGAUUGAGCCAUUCAAGAAGGUUCCAGAAGAAAUCCUCCGGCCUUGCCCCGCCCCCCACCACACCUUUACAGGCAGCUCAGAGGGAACCCUGUCCCUUGCUGGGGCAGCAAAGGGCUUUGGAGGUAGAGGGGAGGCCCAGGGCCUUGUGGAAGGGGGCUCAUCUCAGUCUACCUUUCAGGGAGGAUGCUGAGGGCAACAGGGGAGGAGAAUGAAGAAUAAAAUGCUCGUGGCAAAAAGCACAACUGUUAAGCCAAGACGUGAGAGACAGGAGGCCACCUUUCUGAUCCCAGUCUGCUUGAAAACACUGUGCUUCCCCCUCCCACUUCCCUGCCUUACAUCACUCAUUCAUUUAUUCAUUCAUUCACUCAGUCAUACAACAGGUAUUUAUUGACCACUUAUUAUAAGCUUUAAGAGUCCCCACUUUGUCCUGAUGUGUGCUGUGUCCACUGUCUCUCUAACUUUCCCUUUCCAAAUCGCCCCAAACCUUGAGCUUGGGGAUUGGAUUGCGAUCACCUGUGUCCUUUAUUCUGGACUCAGGGUUUAGAGCCCUCAUUCACCCUGUAGGUUAGCUGAGCUGGUCCCCUCACUUCACGCGUGAGAAAACUGCAGCGGCCCACAGGAUCAAGUGCCUUGCCCAAGGGCAGGGGUUAAUCUGGAGAUGGAAGAGUCUGGACUGAAGCCCAAGUGUUCAGAUGCCUUGCCCAUGCUUUGUCUCUGCUCUGGGCUGCCUCAGUCUGUGAUGAAAACAAAGAAAGGGACAGGGAGGGGCAAUCUUCCAGGUCAGUGCCAGUGAAAGGCCCAGGGCCAGGACUCACCUUCCCAGAGCCUCCGAGUCUGCAUCAGGGUUUGGGUAAGGGCCAGGCCCGCCUUCGCAGUCCUGCCUUCCCCAGAGCUUCUCAGCUAAGCCACGUUGUGGGACUCACACAGGUGUCACACUCAGCCUCACGUUGGCUGAGCAGGAACCUCAGCCCUGACCGCAUCUGUGUUCUUGAGUCCCUUACCCUUAGGUGCACUCACCUGUUGAACAUAUUUAUUAAGCACCUGCUAUGGGCCAAGAGCUAAGAACCCAGAAGUGAAAUAGACAUACUUAUGGAACUUAGAAUCUAGUGAGGAAGUCAGACCCAGGCAAGGACCAGUAAGAUGGUUAGGAAAGGGGGCUGUAGGGGGACUGUACGGAAAUCCUGGGGGCCCAAGACGAGGCAAGAGUCUUGGAGAAGCCCUUGCCAAACCGGAAGUGCUGUUGAGGCUGGAGCCAGUGUGGACUCCCUGUGGUUCCUCCGUGACCCAUACUUGGGGCCCAAGGAGCUGCCUUUAUAGUAGCUUGAGGGACUGAAGCAGGAAGGGGAUGGGAAAAUGCGCCGGUCCACUUAAUCGGCUGGUCUUAACCAGUGCAGGAGCAAGAUUAUUUUGGCCAUGACUGGCUGAUCUUCAGGCUCUAGAGCUGCUCAGAUGCACAGGCCUAGUUGAAGUUUAAACCCCAGAAAAACAGUUCUCCCUGUAAAUGUAAAAUCUCACCCCACCCCCUUCCCUGCCUUGUUUUCUUUUUCCCCCUGAGAUCAUUAGAUAAGCAACUGCCUGUGCCCACCCCUUCCCUCUACCUCUCCUCUCCGGGAUGGGAUGAGAACUUAGUCAAAGUGAAGCUUUCCUUGACUGCUCACCGUAGCGUACCUGAUUCUUACUCCGAGGAGGCAGAGCCAACCGGGCUUGUUUCAGUAGGCCCCCUGGUUUACAAGGCCACAGGGAAGCCUCCCGAAGGGAGGAGAGCGAGUGUGUCCCCAACUCUGGGAAGGGCGGGAAAGGAAGCCCUUCCUCAUUGCAUGGGGAGUUACCUGGGACAGCCCACCAAUCUUUCGCCCCGUUCGGAACUCAACUUCUGGAGGGAGGAGGGCUCAAGAGUGGUCUCUGGAAAGGGUUCUCUGUGUGUGUGAUUGUGUCUAUUGGUUCUAAGACUCUACUUCUCUGGCUUAGGGCUCAGCUGCUUAGAACUUCAGCUGUCUUCUUUCUGAAAGACCAAAUCUUAUUAAUGUAACCAGAAACUUGGGGACUGCCAAGUCUGGCUUUGUCCCCGCGACUCAGAAUGAAGGAGUGUGUCGCACAAGUUCAGGUGGAUGCAAUAUGUGUGUGCGCGUGCCUGUGAGCGUGUGUGAUGCCGGACAUCCUCUGCACAUACUGGAAAUAAAA